AUGAACACGCUUGUAAGAUCAGUGUUAUCAGAUAAUGUUACUUCUGUAACCGAAGGUAUCAGCGUGGAUUCACAAACUUCAGCUGAUAUUGGAUUAAUUGAUGAUGAUUCGCCUACAGUUAGUACAUCUCCAUGUAGUCUUGGUUCACCGGAUUUUUCAGAAAUAUUGAAAAAACUUCGAAAAGGUUCUCAUCAAUCGGAUGAAUAUUGCAAACAUUUGGAGAAAAAAUUAUGCGAUAUGAGUGAAAAAUAUGAACAGUUAGCCAUCAAGUUAAAAGAAGUAAAGAACAAGUUGAAACGUGUACAAGAGGAAAACCACUGUUUAGAGAUUAAAAAUAUCAAAAAUAAAUCCUGUUUAUUUCCACUUGUGUUCUUCUCUUCUGCAGCGGUUAUCACCUUCGUUGUAUUGAUUAUCUACUUUCAAUUUAAACCGGAAUCACCCGUCUCUGUGCGACAGAGUUAUAACCUUACAAACGCUUCUAGUCUCAUCGACCCAUGUAAUGACUUCUAUAAAUAUGCCUGCUCUGAUUGGGAAAAUAAUCACGCCAUUCCGGAAGGCGAUUUGGAAAUAACGGCGAUUUCGCAAAUCACAGAGAAGACACUUCGUGACAUCUGGAAAAUCAUUGCUAACGGGUCGUAUUCCACGAACGAUACUCGGUUGACUACUGCUCGUAAAUUCUACAAAUCCUGUGUGAACCAUGGGGAUAUUUCUCUCCAGCAGACUAGAAGAGAGACAACUCAUUUGAUAGAAAAAUCAUUUGGCGGGUGGGAUUUGUUGCCAUCUUCUUCGCAAAAACAGUUGAAAACAUCAACGCAAGAACAAAAAGUUGACGAUUUCAGUUUAAGUGAUUUAUACUUUCCAAUUCUGAGCAUAACAGGAGGCUGUCCUUUAUUUUCCAUUGAUAUUAAUGCGGAAAGCAAAAUUAUUCAGAUUUCAGAUGGAAAAUUCGCUUCGUAUAAGGACGCUUGUGAAACAGAGGUGAAUGCUUCAAAUAUCGCUCCAAAGUAUUACGAAUAUGCGUAUAAACUGGGAGUAUCUCCAACCGAGAAGAGCAAGUUGCAGGCUGCUUUUGAAUUGCACACACGCUUGUGCCAUAAUCUGUAUUUUGCGAGGAAAUCUGACCUUACCGACUACAGUAAAGUGGUAGAAAUAAAUGAAUUGAAGUCAAUCUGUCCAUUGAUUGAUUGGAAAACGUUGUUUGCAAAAUUGUUUCGACCAACUGGAUCCAGAAGUUACAGCAAAUUUUCAAUAAGUAUAGCGGACACAACAGCGCUGAAACAUCAGUGUGCCUUACAUGAAAUUGAACUGUUAACGCCUACUGGUAAAAGUGCAAUUCAGAAUAUGGCUGUCAUGGACUUCAUGACAUAUCAGGAUACCACUAAUGAAUCUGUGAAAAAAAGUUCAGAAAGUGCAAAUCCUGAGAUGGACCCACGGCUGAGUCCGAAAUUCUCAGUGUUUUGUAUCGAGCGGUUGAAAGAAGCAUUUCCGUGGACUCUUGAAAGACAUUACGUUGCUCAGUACUUAAAAGAAAGUCAGAGAAAUGAGGUUCUCAAUAUGGUUAAUGAGAUCAAGAAGACUUUGUAUGAUUCAUUUGAAGAGCUGGCAUGGUUGAGUGACGAAUUGAGAAACUUUGCUGCUGACAAGAUUUCGUUGAUAGAAACCUUCGCUUUGUUCGAUGGUGUGGAAACAUAUGAAGAGAAAGAAAAUCUUUCUACCAUAUAUCGAUUACGGUAUCCAAUUAGUGAAGACACCUACAUUCUAAAUGAGAAUUACGCUCUCAAGGCAAACGUGCUCGACACUUAUCGAAAAGCAAUAUUUGGUCUGGAAGCAAAAUUGGAUGCGCAAGAAGCAACCUAUAUACCGUCAGCCUCCUAUUGGCCCACUGGAAACCGCAUAUCUAUUAAUGGUGCUAUGAUGAAUCUACCGAUUUACCACGAUGAUCAAACAAUUUCCGAAAAAUAUGGGGGAUUGGGUUGGCACAUAGCUCAUGAGUUAUUGCAUGCUAUUGAUACAUCCGGUAUACUUGUCGAUGAGAAUGAAUAUCAGAGGCCUUACAAUACAUCCUACCAUGGAUUUCUUGCAGUCUUGAAGCAAACAGAAUGUCUACGCAAACAAUACAAAAAUUACAAUUAUACGAGUGAAAAGAGUGCAGCAAUUGGAGCUCUCGGUGAAAUUCUGUCAGAUAACGGUGGUCUGAGGAUAGCAUACAAGACACUGCAACGACUGACGAGAAACUUUAGAAAUGGUGCUGAUGAAAACACGAACUCUUCUUUAGCUUCCGAAAAAUCGUUUUUCUUCACUUUUGCUCAGACAUUUUGUGAAAAGUAUAGUGCAGAUGGACUAAUUGAUCACAUGACUAACGCUGAUCAUGUGUUAGGUCAUUACAGAGUAGUCGGUACCUUGUCAAAUAGUAAAAGCUUCGCAAGAGCAUACAAGUGUCCAGUGGACUCACCGAUGAAUCCAAGUGUAAAGUGUCAUGUAUGGUGA